CAUUAUCAUUCGUUAAAACAACGAGAAAAAGUUAUCUUUAUUGCUGGAUUAUCGCUUCAAGUCCUUUGUAUUUUAUGUCAUUAUGUAGCGGAUGCAAUGAGUUGCUCAAUUUAUUCGAGGAUAAUGGAUUGACGGUGGCUUUUUUUGUGGAUGAGUUAUCCGUUGUUACGAGAGGCAGAAAAUCGUUUACCCUCACAACUCGAGACCAACUGAAAGAAAUCCAAAAAGAGUUCUUAUGAAAGGCACUCCGAAAUACAAUUAAAAUACGCAUACUCGUCGAAGUAUUGCUGCAUGGGACAGUGUUAAACGGCUUUGGUGUCAAGAAAAAAGAGUUUGAGAGCAGUUUGAAUAGUUUUACGUUACUGCGUGAACAACAUUAAACAAAAUUUAAAGAUGGCGCCAACUUUGCCUCCAACUGAAGCUCAGGUGUCAACAGUUGAUGAACCAGCAUUGUCUACAGGAGCAAUAGUAAUGAUUGCUGUUGGUGUAUAUGUUUUUCUUGUUAUCAUUGCCCUUAUUAUAAGGGAAUGUUUAAAGGCACAAGGAAUUAGUAUUUGUCCUGCAUGGGUAACAGAGCAGUGCUGUGGAGGCUGCUGUGCUGGACCUGAUGAUGGGCCAUCAUGCUGUUCUGCUUGUCUUGUCUCUUUUGCUGAAAUGUGUGAUUGCUCAACGCCUACUAAGAAAUCAUGCAUGGAUUCAUUUUGCCCUUCUAAAGAGUGGUGUGACCAGACAUUUUGUUGUUGCAUGAAUGCUGAACCAGGAGGAGAAAUUUGCCAGGACUGUCAGGGUCCUGAAUGCACAUGUGGAGGCUGUAAUUGUGCUUGUCAAUGUGAAAUGCCAGAAAGUCUAAAUUGUAUCUGUUUUACCAUCCAACUGAAGUGAUGCAAAAAUGAACAAACAGAGAGACACAAAGGUGCAAGUUUCGAGCAUCUUAAUUUUAUUGUUAAGAGAUUGUAAAUAUGUAUUAAUUUAUUAAGACAGAAAAUGUAAUUUUAACUUGCUGCCAGGUUAGUGUAGCAUUUUAUACAUAAAAUAUUUUACCGUUAUA